AAAAAACCCUAAUUUUAUUACAGCUUUCGAUUCUUUAUGUAAAAAAAAAAUUUCCCAAUUUUCUCUGCGAUAAUCCCAUCAUAAUCCCCACCCACUGUCACUUCUCUCUUACUCCCUUCACCAACCUUCUCUCUCCCUUUGUUUUGGGUUUAUCGUUUUGUUUUGAAUCUUCGUAAUUUGAUUAAUUGCUCAGGAUCAUUCGGAAUCAGCUGGGUUUUUGUAAUUGGGGUUUGUUUUGGGAGUUGAAUUGUGGGUUUGGAGCGGGCAUUGUGAUUGAUUGUGCUGGUUUUUGUGUUUUGGAAAUUUGGAAUUGAUGUGUGUAAUUUGGGAGAAUUUGAAGGUUUGGAAGCGCGAUUGAAUUGGGGAAUUUCGCGAUCUUUGGUGUUAGAGCUGGGAUCCAGAUGAUCUGCUUAUUAGGAUAACAAUUUAACGGUUUGGAUCCAAUAAGGGGAGAAACAGCGCCAUCAGAUGGCGCUGUUCAGACGAUUCUUUUACCGGAAGCCGCCCGAUCGGCUGCUCGAGAUCUCCGAGCGUGUCUACGUUUUUGACUGUUGCUUCUCCACUGAUGUGUUGGAAGAAGAUGAAUACAAGGUGUACCUGGGUGGCAUUGUGGCACAGCUGCAAGAUCACUUUCCUGAAGCUUCUUUCAUGGUGUUUAAUUUUAGAGAAGGUGAGAGGCGGAGCCAAAUUUUUGACAUAUUAUCAAAUUAUGACAUGACGGUUAUGGAGUAUCCCCGGCAAUAUGAACAGUGUCCCCUGCUGCCACUGGAGAUGAUCUACCAUUUUCUUCGAUCAAGUGAAAGUUGGCUAUCACUGGAAGGGCAGCAAAAUGUGCUCUUGAUGCACUGUGAAAGGGGAGGUUGGCCUGUGCUUGCAUUCAUGCUUGCAGGUCUUCUCUUGUACCGAAAACAGUACAAUGGUGAGCAGAAGACCCUUGAAAUGGUCUACAAGCAAGCUCCAAAAGAGCUUCUCCAGCUCUUGUCUCCUUUGAAUCCACAGCCUUCCCAGUUGAGGUUUCUUCAGUACAUCUCUAGGAGAAAUUUGGGUACUGGUUGGCCUCCAUCAGAUACUCCUUUACUUUUGGAUUGUCUGAUAUUAAGAGUUCUUCCACUCUUUGAUGGGGGAAAAGGCUGCCGGCCAGUAAUUCGUAUAUAUGGCCAGGACCCUAUUAAUCCAACUAAUAGAACUUCUAAGCUUCUCUUUUCAACUUCAAAGACAAAAAAACAUAUUCGCCAUUACCUACAGGACGAGUGUGCGUCGGUGACAAUAGACAUUCACUGCCGCGUUCAAGGGGAUAUUGUGCUUGAGUGCAUUCAUCUGGAUGAAGACCUGGAAGCUGAGGAAAUGAUGUUUAGGGUAGUGUUUCAUACGGCAUUUGUGCAGAGAAAUAUUUUGAUGCUCAACCGUGAUGAUAUUGAUGUAUCGUGGGAUGCCAAGGAUCAAUUUCCAAAGGAUUUUAGAGCUGAGGUACUCUUUAUGGAUGCUUCUGCUGUCCCUAAUAUCACCACAGUCCCGGCCAGUGAAGAUGAAAAUGAGACAGACAGUGUUUCUCCUGAGGAAUUUUUUGAGGUGGAAGAGAUCUUUGGCAAUGCAGUUGAGGCCCAGGAAGGAAAAGUGGAUGAUUAUAUUCAUAUUGUUCACAAAAGCAGAACUGAUGGUGCAGAGCAUAAAGAUGUCUUCAGAGAGGCAGUGGACCCUCACACAUUUCAAGAUUGUGCAUCGGAUGAUGGGAAUUACAAACAUGAUGUCGAGAUGGAUUCUAAUAUAGAUGCCGUUAAGGACAUUGCUGUGGAUGAUGUGAAGUACAAGUUAGAUGAAAUGGCGGAUUCUGAUCAUGCUGUGAAAGACAUAGCUAUAGAUAAUGGGGAUAUCAGGUCUGCAAUUGCUGACAUGCCGAGAGAUACAGAAACCAAGGAGGUAAUGGAGGAUAUGGGUGACAAUUUGAAAGAGAUUGAUGAUAAAGAUAAUAUAGAAGACACAAUUCUACAGAAGAAUCUAGAAUCAAAGGUCUCAUUUCAAAAGUCAAAUUCUGCUGAAGCCUUUAGACCUAAAUCAGAUAAAGCAUCAGUGCCGCCUAGCCCCAAGAAACAGCCUACUCUGAUUAAGAAACCAUCUUCAGAUAGUGCUUUGGUCAAACAGAAGACCAAGCAGCAAGAACCUCAAGGUACUGCUGCAAGGCUAGCAAAGCCAAAUGCAGUAUCUCGGUGGAUCCCUCCUAACAAAGGCUCUUAUACCAAUUCAAUGCAUGUCUAUUAUCCACCAGCAAGAUAUAACAGUGCACCACCAGCAAUUGCCACUAAUGCUUCUCUCAAAGCAUCUAAUUCAGGUGCAAAUUUAAAUUCAUUUUCUGGUGCUGUGGUGUCAAAGGAUGUUCCAUCUGAGCCAAAAAUUCAAAAGGGCGAGCCUUUGAAGCUUGCAGAGUCUGUAAAAGGCAUGCCUUCUUCAAUUCUUUCACCAAUCACUCCUGAUACUCAGCAAACUGUUUCUCCUCCACCCCCACCUCCACCACCUCCUCCUCCUCUGGCUAAGUCUUCUUUACCAUUUCCUCAAGCAUUACUGAAGAAGACAAUGACAACUUCCCCUCCCCCCCCCCCCCCCCCACCACCUCCUCCUCCUUUUGCGCCAGCUAGUGGACAGAAUAUUGGCAUGGUCUUGCAUACUGCACCACCACCUCCACCACCACCACCACCUCCACCCCCUUUAUCUAGUAAGCAAACCAUUUGGUUGGCAUUGCCUCCAACUCCACCUCCACCACCUUGGAAUUCUGAUUAUUCUUUAGUUGCCCCUACCACUAUGGAUUCAUCUCCGCCGCCACCACCACCACCACCUCCUCCUCCCCCCUUUCAUGGUACAUCAAUUGCACAGAAACUGGUUAGAGUUCCUCUGCCUGCUCCUCCUCCACCUCCUCCACCUCCAUCAAUGCCAAGUAUACCACCUCCUCCCAUGCAUGGUGCAGCACCCUCUCCACCUGUUCCUAGGCAAGUCCCACCUCCCAAGCAAGGAGUACCAUCUCCACCACCACCACCACCACCACCACCACGAAGCUAUGGAGCCCCAAUUCCAUUACCAUCACAACCACAACCUCCAAGGCAAGGUGCUCCACCUCCACCUCCACCUCCACCUCCACCUCCACCUUUUUCUCAUGCAGCUCCACCUCCACCACCACCACCACUGCCUCCACCUCUUUCACGCGGAGCUUCACCUCCACCUCCACCUCCACCUCCACCUCCACCUCCACCACCUCCUCCAGGGCGUGGAGCUCCGCGCCCUCCACCUCCUCCUAUAGGUCGAGCACCACCACCACCUCCUCCUAUUGGUGUGAUGUAACUAAGAAGAAUUUUCAGAGCUUUUCAAUUUUUACAAAUGUAAAGAAGUAUAAGAACUUGUUUAUAAUUUAUACCUUUUAUUAUGUUUUUAUUGAUUUGAAUGUUAAUGUGUUUUAUAGUUAUGUUUUUUAUUUGAUGUUAAUAUAUUUUUACAUUAUCU